CUCAGGGCUCAGGGCUCCAGCAGCCUCCCCGGACCGGAGGCUGGGGAGCCUGGAGGGGUCGGAGGCCAAGCUCAGGCCCAGGCCAGGCUGGGCAGGAAGAUGGCUGGUGGGGGCGGCGUGCUCAUCAGCAGGAUAGCCACAGAAAAUCAGGAGAACACAGAUAGCGGGCUUAUCUCUGAGACUGUACUCAGGCACUUCAAAAGACAUAAAGUGGAGAUUUCAACUGCAAUAAAAAAGCCAUUUCCUUUCCUUGAGGGUCUUCGUGACCGUGAACUCAUCACCAAUAGAAUGUAUGAAGACUGUCAAGAGUCUUGUAGAAACCUGGUCCCUGUAUCGAAAGUGGUUUACAAUGUUCUCAAUGAGCUGGAGAAGACAUUUGACUGGUCGUGUCUGCAUGCUUUGUUCAGCGAGGCCAACCGGCAGGAAUAUCCUGAUUUAAAUCACAUUUAUGAAAGCUUCAUAAAGGUAACCCAGGAGAAAAAGAAUCAUGAAGAAAGCAAUGGAGAAGAGAGGGAGGAGAGGCCUACUCUUCCACUAAGCCUUGAGCAAGGAACUUGGGAGAACUCAUGUCAAGGCCGAAGAGAGUCCUCAUCUUACGAUGGUACGACCUCACCUAACAACGGACUCUUGGAUCACCUUUGUGAAACAGAAGAGAUAAAUGCAAAGAGGAAAGAUACAACCAGCGACCAAAACGAUGCACUAGAAAGCCAACAAGCAAAUGAACAAUGUGCCCAAGAGUCUGAAUCAGCAGAAGCUGAGCUACCCAACCAUGGAUUUCAAGUCAAUUCCUGUUCUGUCCUUCUGGUGGAUAUAAAGAAGGAAAAGCCAUGUUUCAACCCCAAAGUUGAACAGCAAACCCAAGCAAGGACCAACUGUAACCAGGCAUCUGAUGUAAUAGUGAUCAGCAGUGAGGACUCUGCAGAAUCCAGUGAUGGAGACGAGUCCCCAGAACCCUCCACGUCAGCACUGAGAAAGGAGUCUGAUCCUUGGGAUAUUGAAAACACAUCAAUUUGCAGCAUAAUCAGUAGGAAAAGACGGAUCAGCAGUGAUGACACCUCAGAAUUGAGCAACGAAGAUGAGCCUCAGGAAACGUCUAGCUCAGUCCUAAGAAAUGGAUCAGAUGCCACGGAUACUGGAAGCGAUUCUAUUUUGGGAAAACACAGUGAGAAAAGAAGGAGAAAAACAGUCAACACCGGGCCUUUGAAAAGAGGCAGAAAAAGAGGUCCAAGAAUUCCCAAAGAAACCAAUAUGGAUUUUCAGCUUCCUGAACUUCCUGUGACUUGUGGUGAGGCGAAGGGGACUUUAUACAAGGAGAAAAUGAAGAAAGGCACCUCGGAGAAGUGUAUACAGAAUGCAUAUGGAGAGUGGUUCACCCUCAGGGAAUUUGAAAUUGAAGGAAACCGUGAAGCAUCCAAGAACUGGAAGCUGAGUGUGCGCUGCUGUGGAUGGCCCCUGAAAACCUUGAUUCAGAGAAAAUUUCUACCAGACCCAUCAAGAAAAAGAAAAAAGCUCAGGAUGUCCGAAAGCGAGUGUAAAAGCAGCGGUGAUGUACCUGGUACUGCUAAGAAGAGCCAGGAAUUGAAGGCCCAGAGGAAGGACAGAGAGAGAGACGAGAGGAAGAAGUAACUGAAGAACCAAAGAGAUUCACGAUGCAGGAAAUAGCAAGGGGAUUUUCUUUAUUUGAGGAGGCAAUGUUAGUUUUUGAGGCGCAGGACCCGAAUGUAGAACGGUACGUAAAGUUUGCAGCAGCCAUUCAGAAUGCAAUCCGGUGCUACCGUAUCAUCUAUGAUGAGAAACAUAGAGCUACGACACAGACGUCACUGGAUCGUUUUCUCAAGAGGGUAGGCAGAAUUGAAUCCAGCAAAGAACCAGAACCUGUGCCUUCAACGUCAGGCAUGAGUGAAAUUGCAGCUUGCCCUCCAUCUCCUAUUGCUGACGACCCUUCAGCUCUACCAUCACCCCCCUCCUGUCCCUCCUCCAGUCAGUAACUCUUCUCGCCUGUUGACUCGAUGUCAGCCCCUGUAAGCCAGCUGUUGUACUUUUACUACUGUACUUUUCAAGGUACUGUGCUGUAAGCUUAAAAAUGUUUUCUUUACUUUUUGUGUUUGUUUUUUAUGUAUUAUUUGUUUGAAAAGUAUUAUAAACCUAUUACAGUACAGUACUGUAUAGCCGAUUGUGUUAGCUGGGUACCUAGGCUAACUUUGCUGGACCUACAAAGGCACUCUCAGAAUGGAACUCUUACUGUACUGUUGUUGGCUUUUU